CCAGAGUACAGGAGGUGCCUUCGCUUCAACGAUUGACGUUUUGCGUCUGUGACGUCAUGGGCCAACAAAACGCAUUAGAAAAAAGAUGAGGCUCGUACCAGAUCGAUCGCACUGAACCUUGGUGGACAGUUCUGAAGACGCACCAGUAAGCUGAAGGUGUAGAAUUUAGAGAGACGAGUAAUUGUCAGCAUUCGAAAUGUCGGGUUUUGAUACAUUUCGAAAGUAGUCGAUUUAAACGCAGACAGCUUCAUACAUAAUUCCCCUCUGGGCAAACUCGAGUGAUAUUUACAGCUAAGUCUACAACUGAGAAUAUGAGCACGGAGAGAAUUGUGGACACUUUCUUUUUUCUGCAGAAAUGCUGCGUGGAACGACUCUAACUAAUGUGGAAGGCGCUGGACGGCAAAGCAGGAACUACUAUCGAGGAAAGCGCUUCCUUAUAGCUAGGUAACAGCAAACGCAUAACACAUUCGCUGUUCCAAGGACAUGAGUCCGUAAUGGAAACAAGCUAAACGCGCCGACAUCUACAGAUUGCAGACUAACGGAGAGAGUUUGGUCCGCCUGGACUUUAUCCUAAUACCUGGCCCUUGUUCAGGAGUCACCUACGAGCAAGGCUGCAAAGGGCAUCUGAAGAAGUCGCUGAAAAUGAUCCCAUAGUAUCCUGACACAGCCCAAUAGGGUGAUUUCCUUAAGGAGCGCAUUUUUGGAUACAAAAGAAAAAGGAUAUAAAAGGCUAUUUCCCUUUUCCAUGUUGAAAGUUUCGAUGGACACGUCAGAGAGUGCUUCUUAGUCGAUCGACCCUUUCUCCAAAGCACAGAUUGACCAUGGUCUCCGGCGUCCGUACACUUAUGGUCCUGCUACUCGGUCAGGUGCUACUGGAAGGUUCGAUCGGACUUAUCCCCGAGGUUGGCAGACGGAGAUACAGCGAAUCGGGGCGACAAAGCCCACCGCUGUCGGACGAUAUACUCAACGAUUUUGAGCUUCGCCUGCUCAACAUGUUCGGACUGAAGCGGAGACCGACCCCGAGCAAGGCUGCCGUGGUACCCCAGUAUAUGGUGGAUCUGUACCACAUGCACGCUGAGAACGGGGACCAUAACCCCAGCCGAACCAGAACUCCAGUCGGAAAACAGUCCGAGCGCUCCGCUAGCAGGGCAAACACAAUUAGGAGUUUCCACCAUGAAGAGUCCAUGGAGGUCCUCUCAAGUCUGAGGGGAAAAACAACACAGCAUUUUCAUUUCAACGUCACAUCCAUCCCUGGUGAGGAGCUCGUCACCUCCGCCGAGCUCCGGAUCUUCCGUGACGGGGUGACGAGUCCGACGGACACUGCUGCCACCAAUAGCAGCACCGGCCUCCACCGCAUAAACGUCUAUGAGAUCUUUAAGCCUGCUUCUUCCUCCUCCUCCUCCUCCUCCUUCAAGGAGCCAAUCACGCGGCUGCUGGACACGCGGCUGGUGCAGCAGUGGCAAAGUGAUUGGGAGAGCUUCGACGUAAGCCCGGCCGUGUCCCGGUGGAUCGCCCGGGGGCAGGGCAAUCACGGCUUGGCAGUGGAGGUGCUGCACCUAGACGAGGAGGGGCAGGACGGCAGGCACCAUGUGCGGGUCAGCAGGUCGCUGCACCAGGAGGAGGACACCUGGCCUCAGGUGCGGCCUCUGCUGGUGACUUUCAGUCACGACGGGAAGGGCCACGCCCUCCUCCACCGGCGGGAGAAGCGGCAGGCGCGCGCCAAGCAGCGGAAGAAGCAGAGGGCCAACUGCCGGCGGCACUCGCUGUACGUGGACUUCAGCGACGUGGGCUGGAAUGACUGGAUCGUGGCCCCGCCCGGGUACCACGCCUUCUACUGCCACGGGGAGUGCCCGUUCCCGCUGGCCGACCACCUCAACUCCACCAAUCACGCCAUCGUGCAGACUCUGGUCAACUCGGUCAACACCAACAUCCCCAGGGCCUGCUGCGUCCCCACCGAGCUCAGCCCCAUAUCGCUGCUCUACCUGGACGAGUACGAGAAGGUGAUCCUCAAAAACUACCAGGACAUGGUGGUGGAGGGCUGUGGCUGCCGAUGAACCACAAACUCACCAACAUACUCACAGACUCAUACGGAAAACUAUUUCCCAAUAAAGACUUUAUUUAUAUUGAAGAAAAAAUAGAUAUUUUGAAUAAAGUAUAUAUAUAUAUAUAAAUAUAAAUAAAUCUAUUUGUCUACGAUAAAGUUGGGAAAAUAAAUAUUUUAAACAAAGUUAUUCAUUUAAAUGUAUGUCUGAUGUACAUUUUUAAAUGGUACUGACCUGCACAUGAAGUAUAUUUCUCAGAAUCAUAUUUUGUAUUUAUUUCUAAUAUAACCACUGUUUUAGUAAAUAGUUGAUAUCUAUUUAUGUGUAACCUUGAGAAAAUAUAGGGUAUAUACAUAAUCUCCGUGUCUGAAGUAUAGAUGUCUGUUUCUUUUAAACAGAAGAUUUGGGAUUUUAGAUUAGAAAAUGGCAGAGGGGGAUGCUUUUUAUAAUUUAUCAUGCUUUACCUUAUAGGCAUUCAGCAGCUUCUGUUUUGUCAAAUGGCCAGAUCCUCCAGUCACAUUCCAAACAGUGUUAUCAAACACUAGUCCAUCGGUUUAAAAUUCACAACGUCAUUUUUUUAGGAGAAUAAGGGAAGUGAUUUUGGGAGAGGCUCCUUCAUGCUGGAGCAUUAUGGUGGAGAGGUGUGGAACAAGUUCUUGGAAUCAACAUGAAUGUGAAUUUCCUUUACCGAGAAGCUACAGUAUGUGAGAGAUCACUCAUACUGAACACUCAGGAAAAUAGCUAAUACAUUCUAGCAUGUCCGUGUGUGUGUCUGUGUGUGUUUGUGUGUGCGUACACACGUGUGUGACUUUUUCAAGAGAAUCCAGUAUAUACUUUAGAGAUCUUAAUUUAUUAAUUCUUCUCGCACGAAGCCCUGCAGCCACAAGGUAACCUAUAAUUUAAUUUACUGAUUCAUUAUACUGGAUAUUUACAGUCAGAAAGAGCUGAACAAGCUGUGCAGUCAUAAGGAGUGUGCUCGCUCAUGAGAGACACUCUAUUAUCUUCUUGUCCAUAAUUUAGGAGAACACGGAAAACUUGCUGUCAUAGGUCCAGGUUAAUCUUAGCAUUUUGCAUAGUUGCAUAAUCUCACUCAUAAGUGUUUAUCUCUUUAACAGUUUGAUUGUUGAAAAUUGCUGCUCUCUUGAACAGGCAUGUGAAAGUUGCUACAUUCCAGCAAACGUUGCCCAUCUUCAUAUUUAUCUCAAACAUUGAACGGUGAGAGACUGCAGCAGACGUGGUGGCUGGACGUGUGGCGCGGUCAAUAGGGCAGCUGACUCUCGAGCCAUUCGCGAUUCCCCCUUCAUGGACUAGGGGGGAGGGGGCCUCAGUCAUUGUCACAGAGCUUUCACAGCUGCGGCCCUUCUCUAUCUGAUUUCUUUCUGUCUGAAUGAAGCAAAAAUUAAAAUGGAGGGAGGACUGUCCUUCCUGCCUUUUAAAAGCAGACAUGGUAAUAAACUGCUGUUGUGACUAGGAGUUAGAAGUCAAAGUAGAGUAUUAUUUAUUAGACCUAACAUGUAUAGCUGCUGUUUGCAUUUAUUCUGCCGUACAACCUCAUAUGUCCACUGUUCUUUUUUUGUCCUUUGUCCUAAUGGUGUUGUGUUGUAAUAUGCUCAGAGCCCUGCGGUAGCGCUCAGAUAAUUAGGUGGCAUUUCUCCGACUUGCCGUGAGCACAGAGCGAAAGCUCGACAGUGUAACGCUGCUUACCAGAUUAUUGCCUAUUCACCCCCUGCCAAAGGUGGAAUGAAUCUCAGUUGUCAUUUAUUUAUUCCAGAAGUUGACAUAUGCUUUACACCAAUAUAGAAACUGUU